AUGGAAUUUCUGGUUAUGGAAGAAGUCAAACAAGAAAUGUUAAAUCAUGCCAUGGAAGGCAAUUGGGAAGAUGUUGUAGGUAUGUAUGAGAAAUAUCCAUGGGCUCAAAAUGCCAGGCUCACUAGAUCAGGGGAGACAGCAUUGCAUAUAGCUGUGUUCGAAAGCACAGAGGAUACAGUUAAAAGGCUAGUUAACUUGGUUGAUGCUGAAGAAGAAAAAGCACAGCAUGGAGAGAGCAGCUCGGCAGCUGAAGCAAAAAACCCUCUGAUGAUAGCAAAUGAUCGAGGGAAUACACCACUCCAUCUAGCAGCAUUAAUUGGAAAUGUGAACAUGUGCAACUACAUUGCUUCAAAGCGUGAAGAACUGGUAGGCCUUCGUAACAUUGCAGGGGAAACGCCUCUCUUCUUGGCUGCUCUCCGUGGUAAAAAAGAGGCUUUCCUUUACCUCCAUAGUAAAUGCGGCCCUGCAGGCACACACAAUCACUACACUCGAAGGGGUGAUGGCCAAACCAUUCUUCAUGUUGCCAUCUCUGGAGAGUACUUUGAUGUGGCAUAUCAUAUCAUUUGUAAGUAUGACCAUCUUAUCUAUUGUGUCGACGAGAAUGGCUACACUCCGCUCCAUGUCCUGGCCAGUUUACAUGUGGACGAACUCACGAAUGAACCAGUCCCUAUCAGCAGUUCCAUGCCAACUUUCAAAGGAAAAGAGAAGCCUGAGAAACAUCCAGAGAAGUACAAGACGUGUAUCAAUUUUUUUCAACCAUUGCUGAAAAUGCUGCAGAAUAUGAUUAAAAGACCAGGUGGGUGA